UGCUUUUAAUCGUCUCUUUCCCCAUGGGCCCGGGUGUUGCGGGGAUUUAGAGGUUAAAAAGGGGCAGCCGACUCGUCCAUUCUCAUAUCUGCCACAUGGUGGGGACCAGAGAUUCCCAUCCUGCUGUCUGUCUGUCUUCUGCUUCAGUCCGCGCACUUUGUGCUGCUGCUGCUUUAUUGUCCCCGUCGAGCAGGAGGUCGCUCGGAGCGCACACAGGACACGCACGGCUCUCCGUGACACAGACACCGCGUUUCUCUGCAGUUUGGCGCAAAAAAACACGGACCAGAGGAAAUCCAGAAAGGACCUGGCUCAGCAUCUGGCAGCUUCAUCUGAAUGCCAAGCUGAUCCUUGCAAAUUCUGAAGAAGCUUGAGCAGGAACGGCCUUUGUGGAAGGACAGCAGCCAAGAAACCACUUUUCAGAAGAGAAUCGGGGAGAAAAGAUUGAGAUUGGAGUGAAGAUCAGUGGAAAAGUGUUGUGGGAUCCGGCAUCAUGGGAAAAGGCUGCAUAACAGCGACCAAGUACUUCCUGUUUCUCUUCAACCUCAUCUUCUUUCUGUUUGGGGUCGUCAUCAUGGGAUUUGGAUUGUGGCUCCUCCUUGACAGUCAGAGCUUCAUCGUCGUCCUAAGUAAUUCCACACCUGUUAAGGUAGCCUGCUACAUCCUGAUCGGAGUCGGAGCUUUCUCCAUGCUCAUGGGCUUCCUCGGCUGCUUGGGGGCCAUUUAUGAGAUCCGCUGCCUGCUUGGCCUGUAUUUCACCUGCCUCCUGCUAAUCCUCGCGGCUCAGAUAACAGCAGGUGUUCUCAUCUACUACCAGAAGGACGUGUUAAAUGAGGAGAUGUCCAAGAUCGUCACCAAGGUACUCGACAACUACCCUGGCAACAACUCAACCACAGAGCAGGCCUGGGACUUCAUCCAGAGGAAUAUGAAGUGCUGUGGCUGGAGCGGUCGUCUGGACUGGACUGAUAACAUGGUCAUUGUCAACAGCUCCCAGCUGCUGUUUCCCUGCUCCUGCCAUAACACCUCUCUCGCCAAUGGAAACUUCUCCGACAGUGGAUUCUGUGAGGCGCACACACCCGACUGGCCCGUAUACGAUGGGGGUUGUGCUGACAGUGUGGAGAACUGGAUCCUCACCAACAUCGGGGUCGUCCUGGGUAUCUGCCUCGGAGUGGCUCUUGUUGAGCUGCUGGGCAUGAUCUUGUCUCUCUGUCUGUGCAAGAACAUUCAUGUGGAGGAGUACACCAAAGUGCCCAAGUACUAAAGAUUAAUGAAGUUGCAUGGUUGCACUGCAGAUGCACAGAAAAAAGAGGGAGUAAAAAUACUGCAUUAUUUCUACCCUGUAUUUGGUGAAACAUUAGGCCCAAAUGUAAAAUAAUGUUUGCGUUAAGUUUUAUUGGAUUUUUUAUUUUUAUUAUUUCUUUUGAGGCACUAGUAAAUCCAGUUUCUUUGGAGCACUUUAGAGACUUAGUUUUGAACUUUGGAUCAGAGAGUGAUGCUGAAAAUGUUUGUGGAGAAUUAGAUUAGAGGGACCUGAGGGAAAGUAGCUGGUAAAGUAAUGAGGAGAAGGUUUGUUCCCUGCCCAGACACGCUCUCAGGCUCAGAUGACGAUGUUGCUGGAAUCCAUAAUGUCUGAUUAUCUGUAACUGAUCACUUCAUGGUUUGUUUCCCAGAAAAAUCUGAAGAGAAAUUUUGUCUGUAAAGGCAGAAGUAAAGCAAAAAAUUUUUUGUUGUUGUUGUUUUUUAUUUUGUUUUUUUGAUUUGUUUUUUGAGAUUUUGACAACUGGUGUGUGUGUUUACCAAUGUUUUUGUGAAAUGUUUUUAGUACUUGUGUAUAUAUAAUUUUAGUCGCAUGUGAAUAUGAAUCCAAAAAUACUGCCAAUGUUUUCUUUAGCAGCUGGUUUCUUUUUGAGUUUUAUCAUUUUUCUUAAUUUUGAAUAGUCAGGUUUUUGAAAUAAUGAGGGGAACAUUUAUGAUACUUUCAAAAAAGUAUCACUCCCAGUUUACAGUUGUCUUUAAACAAGCAAAAAAAAAAUUUUUUUUAAGAUAGCUUUAAGUUUCUGUACAAGCCCAUGUUCUACUGAACAAGUGUUUGAAGAGUGUUUCUUUACACACUCUUGGAGGAAGUGAAAAUGUAAAAUUGACAUUAUUUUGGAUCAGAGAAAUAUUUUGUGGGUAGAUUCAUCUUGAAAAUUUGUAUACACAGACAAAACUUUCAUUCAGUUUAUUUAUGUACUAUAUGAAUUUUGAGCCAAGAUAUUGUUUUUAUAAUGUACAAAUUCACCAUCCUGUUUUCUUUUUAUGUACAGUCUGAGUAACAAACCUUCCAUUAACCUUAUAAUGAUUUCUAAGGAAAAAAGGGAACAUCUGUUUGUGACAAGAUGGACCUCUGGUACUAUAGCUAGCUGGAUUAGUAAGUGUGUACUCGCAACAUUUAUUCAUUUCAUUUAGCCAAUAAACUGAUUACAGUA